AGAAAAAAUGAUACAGCUGGAUAACCGCUGACACGUGUGACAGUGAGAAUUUGAGAAGUUCUUUUGUCGUUGUAAAAUUAUAUCGUCGUUAUAGAAAAUAUAAACUUUAAUUGUCGUUUCUUUGUUUACAGGUGAGGGUAUUCGUAAAUAAUGUAAAUAAUGUAAAUCGUGCUAAUAUAAUUGGUGUUAAUAAAAAAACUUUGUUUACAGAGCAACACAAUUUAGUUAAAUAAACUACUAAUCCUUCAAGAUAAAUAAGAGUCUUAUAAAACGACAAUUUUGUUUAUCAAAUGGAAAAUAUGAAGAAGCUACAAUUUGAGUUCAAAGUGAAGCCAGGGAAUGAUGGCAAGUCAAAUAUUAUCUGCAUAACCUCAAUUACUACCGAGGACGAUAGAACGUUCUUAAUACCAGAGGAAUAUCAAGCAGCAGGUUUUCAGCAAUUCCAUGGCCAAAGGAUUGCGUUUUUAUAGAGAUGAUGGGCUGCCGGGAUUAAAGGAUUGUGAAUCUACCGCCGUAUUUUGUGAGUGGAUGAACGAGAUGUUUAAUGCAUUAAAUCUCGGCAGUGAUUCAGAAGGAAUGAAACCAGACUGUUCAAAUUUUAAGAUUUUGCAAGAGUCACUAAAAAAACUGGAUGAAUGGGAAGAACGCAUAGAACAGAAGGAAAUAAGCAAAAACUUAUUCCUAACUACGCAAACUGUUGAUGGUUUGAGAGUGACGUUGAAGUUCAGCAUGGAUUUAACUUGUGAACUUGUAGAGAAGUAUGGAUUCAACGAAUUAUAUACAGGAAAAGUAAAUCAAGAUGCUCUCGAGGUUUAAUAUAUUUACUUUUAUGGUAUAAAAUAAAUGAAUGAAUUUAUUUAUUUAGUAGAAAACGGGUAUGGUAAAGAUGAUGCUGCAAAUGCAUUUUUUGAUUAGUCAAUUUGUGAAAUUCUUUAUUCUGAUUAAUAAAUCAAAUUAAGCUUCAAAUCAUUUGUAAAGAAACUUUGACCUAAUGAUCAACAUUCAGAUUAUAACCGAGAUUUGUCUUAUAGGAGAUUUGUCAUAGUACACUACUUUUUAUUAAAUUUGUAUAUGUGUGGCUGUUUAUUUUUAUUUUAUAGAGAUUUUUUGGUAGUGUAAGGCAAAUUGGUGGAUCUAAUGACCAUUCUGGCACACCUACGUUCCUACAGAUCUACCGUAUCCUAUGUAUCCUUGGUGUAGUUGUCAAACCUCCUGCCAGUGGCAAUUGCACAAUUAUCCAAUCAGAACAAAGUCAAAUUCUCAUCUCUCUAUCUGAUCUCAAAUCUAUCUAUAAAAACAUCCAAAGCAUUAAUAAAAGAAAUUAAAGAUAGAAUUAAUAACGCUGUCAAAUACGACGAUUGGAAUUUUAAGAAACUUGCUGAUCACGAUUAUAGUCGCCCUGAAGUAAGCGACUGCGUAAUAUAUUGUUUUACGGCAGAUAUUUUAAAUAGAAUUUAUAAAUUUAUCAGUUGUGAGGUUUGUAAAAACGCUAUCAUGCACCCCAAAAAUUACAGUGAUCAGUCGGCAGCUGCUCUUUUAAAUAGAUUAAAUAAACAUAAUAAAUCACCUUUUAUUCAUCCUAAUAUAAAUUUUUUUUAUUUGAUUCAAUCAUUGGAAAAUAUAUUUUUGCAGCAUGCUGAAUCAUCAACUGUUUUUGAUGAUGUUCUCAAUACAGCUAUUAGGGCUAAUAUUUUCUCUUUUCCUUGUUCAAUCCAUAUGAACGAUAUAAUUUCUUAUAUUGUACAAUAUUAUAUGCAAUUACACAUACAGCAACAUUGCAAGAAAAUUAAUAAUGAACAAAAAAAAUUAAAUCGCCAUACAAAAAAAACGGCAAAGUUUCAUGUGACAUAAAUAUUUUUAUAUCAUGAUAUAUAAACUGUAUCAUGUAUGUUGUAUGUAUAAUGUAUGUGUGUAUAAGGUAUGUUACAUAUAUAUCUAUAUACAUAUGUACUAAUUGUAUGAAAUAUAUUUUGUUACAGUUUUAAUUGAUUAAGUUUUUUCCCUUC